UUUUCGUAUUGUUUUAAUUUUACAUUGGAUUUCGUACGUGAACUUCCAGAUCCAUUAUUUUCUGCUUUUUGCUGUUGGCACUUAUUAUUUACUUGUAUUCCGAUUGCUAUUUUUAAUGGCAUCGACGAGGGAGGGCCUUCGUUACCGAUGUGGUUUAGAGCACAUGUUUCCGCUGCACGGGGCUCGUCCACUUGGCGAGCCACCAAGCUUUUCUUCCGUGCGCAAGAAGAUUUGGGGUCCGCGCGGAGGUAGUCGAGCUGCGAAAGCUGUGGAAAAUGACUGCGCCAGGUUUUUUGGAUCUUCGUGUGGGUUGUGGAUCUCCUCCAGUUCUAUUACACCGGCUUUGCCGGCUUCCUACUGCCGGCAACGUUUUCAUGUUGGUAUCCUGCGGCAGGAGCAGCACCGGAGAUGCGAUACAGCAAGAAUUGCUGUGUGCAGAUCAUCGAUGCAGAGAAUUCUUGCCCGCACUUACGGCACGAUCGCGCCAGGACCGCAAUUGCAGAAGCAUCCAAAUAGCAAAGAGGAGACCACGUCGGAAGCGAAACCGAAUCUUCCGAAAGGCCGAUCUUGGCGGCCGCUACGGGCUUUUGGAGCCGUCUUCUUACUGACGUAUGUAGCUUACACGAGCUACAGUCACGAUUUCACGCUGAAGGGCCCUUUCCGCGGGCUGCGGUUCUGGCAAAAGGUGGGUCCCCUACUGCUGCAAUACCUGUAUUUGAGCAAGUGGGCCGCACCGGGGGAGACGGAGGCAGAACUGCGACAGUGGGACCGGCUGCACGAACACGGGGCCAGCGUUGCCUACCAGGUGAUACUGGAACUGCGGGGCUUCUACAUCAAGGUGGGACAGUUCAUGUCUGCACGGCCGGACUUGCUGCCGGGGCCCUACAUCGAAAAGUUCCGGCGGCUGCAGAACGAGCUGCCCCAGGGAGUGGCCGUCGCGGAGAUUGAGGAGGACUUGCGGCGCGCAACCCAGAAUUCCAUCGCGUUCCUGGACCCGGACUGUCUGGGGGCCGCGAGCAUCGGACAGGCGCACCGGGCAACGCUCAACAGCGGCGCGCCGGUUGUGCUGAAGAUUCAGUACCCCGACGCUAAAUUGCUGUUCCGCGUGGACAUCGAGUGCAUCCGCACGGUGGUGCAACUCGUUUUGCCGCAGAUGCGGCAAGUGUUCACCGAGUUGAAGAAGCAGUUCAUGUUCGAAUUUGACUACUUGGGUGAAAUGCGAAAUCUCGAAGAGAUGCAGCGCAACCUGCGAACGCGAAAUAUGCACGACUCUACCGUGGCCGCGUCUUCACGGAAGAGCAGUGGAGAUAAGGGCGGUCGCGACCACGCUCGGCCGCGACCUACUUUUGCGAAUAACUACUUUACGCCGGAGCACGUGGCCGUACCGAACGUGUACCCGGAAUUCUGCUCAGAUAAUGUUCUGGUCAUGCAGGAACUCGAGGGUGUGAAGCUGGAGGAGGGUUUGUUCGGGAAGCAGAAUGCAGAAUUUUUCACCAUGGCGCACAUCAACGAGCGCAUGACUGGCAACAAGAACAGCUCCGCAAGCGGCCCUGGGAGGGCAGCCAAUGUCGUCUCAGAGAGACAGCCGGGUCGUCCUGGCGGUUCUGCUUUGUCGACAGACAUUACUACCGCACCAGAGGGAGGAACCUCUGGCAGCACGAGCGCCGGCCCUGUACUUUUUCGGGAAUGGCUGGUCUCGUUCUUCGGACGGAAUCUCGAUUUGCUACCUUACGUUCUUUCUGUGGCGCACGCUGCAGAAGUGUUCUACUACCAACUAAGAAGCUGGUUGUUGCUUCCAUUUCUCGCGGUGUUCGGACCGGGUGUAGCUGGUGUGUCAAGCGGCCGUGAUGCGGUUUCACCAAAGAAUCGGAAGCACGAAGAUGCGCGUGCACAACUAGUGCUCCGGGCAAAAAAAUUGGUGCACCUUCUGCUCAAGGUGCAUGGGGAGCAGAUCUUUCACCACGGCUUCUUCCAGGCAGACCCGCAUCCGGGAAACUUUCUCCUUAUGCCAGACGGCCGGCUCGGCUUAAUUGAUUUCGGCCAGGCGAAACGCUUGACCGUCGAGGAGCGCCGGAAACUUGCCAAGCUGGUGCUCGCAAUUGCAGACGACGACCGUUCUGAAAUUGUACGAGUGAUGCGCGUAUGCAUUUGCAAACAUGAAGAUGUCAAGGUCAUUGGCGAAAGUGCACAAGUGGUCGCACGAAAAAAUUCGACGCACAUGAAGAAAUUAGCUGCCGCAUAGAUAAGGUCACAACCGUCUGCGUCCUCCUGGAGCUCGAACAUAGAACUGGUCUUGCAAGUAUCGACGAUGAAGUCCAGUUAUUGGCCGAAGUACUAUACAGAAUCUUACAUGUUUGCACUGGAUACCGUGAUGAGUACAAGUUCGCCCCGGCUUCCGGCUCGGCUGCUGAGAGCUCACCAACUCUAGCUCUGAGCGAGCACCCUGGUAAAGCGGCUGCCGGCCGCGACGCAAAAAUAACAGAAGGGAAUAGUACAUCGGGGGAGCGAAUAACUACAUCCCCUGACGGGGUCUUUCUAGAGAAACUGGCACGCUCGGCAUUCGGCGGACUGGAUAGCAAACUGACCGACGGCAAGCCCAUCCAGGAAUUUUCCGCAAACAUGCGAAAGCAGUACAAUCAGAACCCGGAGAACGGCGAGAUCCCUGGCGAACUUUAUCUCCCCAUGAGAACGGCAGUGCUCCUUCGGGGAAUCGGGCUCCUGCUGCAGCAAUUUGUUUCACCGGCAGAAGUACGUUUCGCACGUUGUAUGUGUCUGCGUCUCGAACCACUUAUAAUGCAGCAACCUUGUAGAUGUAGUUCUGCUUCUGAAGCUGCGUCACACACCAGCAUAAGAAGGCACGGCGAAAGGAGAUCCGUAACGCAUGUGCUGCGACCUUCCUGGCUGGGUUUUUAUGUAUGCUGCAGAAGGAAAAUAUACAGGGUUUUCUUGCAUUCUAACUUGCGGUUCUAUCCGUGGUACAAGACAGCGACAGACCUUGAGAAACCAACCUUUCCGGCAUCGUAUGUUUUUUUUUGUGCCAUGUCACAUGCGACCAUGCCACUUCUAUUUUAUGAAGAUCACAACAAAGG